CACAACAACGAACUACGCACGUGAGUACUUCGCGUGUAACGGCCACUUGAAAAUAGCAAGCACGCUAAGCAUCACGAAAGUUCGGUUGCCCAGAUCUUAUAGCCACCGGUUCUCUGUCAAUUCUUAAAGGAAAAUUAUAAAUAAUUCAAAUCAAAGUCCUAAACUUUUACCUUCUCUGAGCCGCAAGAAAAUAUUUUCUCGUUACCCAAACACUAGUUCGAAGAGAGAUUUAACAAGAUGUGGAGCCAGCCUUACCCGAAGAGUGACGUGGAGGCCGGAGCAAGCCCUCUGUAUCCGAUGAUGUUAGAGGUUCCGGAGCUUCGCUGGUCUUUCAUUCGAAAAGUUUAUUCUAUCGUAACCAUCCAGUUGUUUGCGACAAUCGCGGUGGCCGCGACGGUGGUUUCAGUGCGUCCCGUCGCUGAGUUCUUUGUGAGUUCGGGGGCUGGGUUGGCUCUUUAUAUAGUACUGAUAAUCACUCCUUUUAUUGUGUUGUGUCCGCUGUACUACUAUCACCAGAAACAUCCGGUUAAUUAUUUCUUGCUGGGGAUUUUCACCAUUUCUCUUGCAUUUGCUGUGGGAUUGACAUGUGCAUUUACCAGUGGGAACGUUAUUCUAGAAUCAGUUAUUCUGACUACAGCGGUGGUUGUGUCUCUUACUCUUUACACAUUCUGGGCUGCCAAAAGAGGCCAUGACUUCAACUUUUUGGGCCCCUUCUUGUUUGGUGCUAUUAUUGUUCUAAUGCUCUUUGCUUUGAUUCAGAUUUUAUUUCCUCUGGGUAAAAUCUCAGUAAUGAUCUAUGGGUGCUUGGCAUCAAUCAUUUUCUGUGGGUACAUUAUAUACGAUACAGACAACCUGAUAAAGCGCUACUCUUAUGACGAGUAUAUAUGGGCUGCAGUUUCACUCUACCUGGACAUCAUUAAUCUUUUCCUUUCAUUGUUAACCAUCUUCAGAGCCGCAGACAGUUGAAGAUGAUUGCUGAGGUUCUGCUUCUCUUAUUACUUCAAUGUUUUUCAUUUGUUAAUGUUUUGUAGAUGUAAAUGUGAAUGUUGUAAAAUCUCUGAAUGCUAUUAAUCACAGUGAUAAAUUUUUUUUCCUCUUGUA